UUGUAUUUGAAUCUUCUUUUGAAGAGUUGACGAAAGUCACGUGAUAUACAAAAUGGCAGCGCCCAAAGUUUGACACAUAAACAUGGAAAUAUUUUCUGAAAUUUCACUGAAAUGUCUACAGAAGAUAAUGCAACACAACAGAGAGAUGAGAUUGAGGCUCUGUCUUCCAUCUACGGAGAUGAAUGGUGCGUUGUUGAUGAGGAACAUAAAAUAUACUGUAUCACAGUGACUGAUGGCCAAGAAAACUCUGUGUGGAAAGUGUGCUUCCAGGUGAUUCUACCAGAGAAUUAUCCAAGCAAUUCCCCUCCAGAAUACCAAUUAAAUGCCCCAUGGUUGAGAGGAGAAGAAAAAAGAAAUUUAGAAGCUGCUUUAGCCGAUUUAUACUGUGAAAACAUUGGACUAUGCAUUAUCUACUUGUGGGUGGAAAAGAUACGUGAGCUGUUGCAGAAUAAGAUAUCAAUAGGUCAUGAAUCAGGUAUGAACGAAGGUUCUACUAGACAGGUUACCAUGACUACAGAGAUUGAUCAUGGAGACGAUGGUUUUGACAUUGCAUUUGUGGAAGUUACCUCGGAAACUCACAGCAUCACACUAGAAGAGACUAAUAGUGACUGGGAGUGCCCGGCCAUCCAUCAUGGGGAGUGUUUCUCAGACAGACGCAGCACUUUCCAGCCACACCUCGCGUCAGUCUUCCACAAAUCUCAGAUUAAAAAAGUCUUGACCAGCUUGCUGGAGAACAAGAAGAUAGCCAACGCGACCCACAAUAUAUUUGCGUACCGUAUCAUGCAGCAGCAAGGUUCCCACAGUAUAGUGCUACAGGGCUGUGAGGAUGAUGGGGAGACACAUGCUGGCUCCCGGAUGCUCCAUCUGCUGCAGAUACUUGAUGCUCAGAAUGUGAUGGUGGUGGUGUCAAGGUGGUAUGGAGGGAUCCACCUUGGUCCAGACAGAUUCAAACACAUAAACAAUUGCACACGCACAAUACUGGAAACAUGUGGAUACAUUAAAGACAAGGAGGACAAAAAGGGACCCAAAAGUGUGCAUGAAAAGAAAAAACGAUGAUUAGAGGGGUGCUUUUGUGAUAGUAAUUUCGUAAGAAAAUGAAGAUCAGUUUUAUGGGAAAUCGGUUGUCUGGACUGAUAAAAAUAAGUAAAUGUUUGAGCCGUAUUCUUGGUGGCAGGACUAUAAUAUAUACACUUUAAAUUUGUGUAUAAUCAGGGAUUUGUGUACAUGUAUUUACGUAAUGGUUCUGGGGAAUUGGCGAUGGAAUGUUGUAUUUUAUGUAUUCUAAUGGUUUGUAGUUAAUGAAUGCAUGAGCUUGUUUUUACGGAAUAUUUUUAUUGUUUUACAUAUGAAAACACCCCCAACGGAAUGGUCUGUUCCUUCGUCCAUAAGUACAUCCCGAAAAUUGUGUUUUCAAUUUUACCACUUUAACCACUUGUGGUUGUGUCUCAAACUUUCACUGUUGAAUGACCUUAAUAUUUAGAUGUAAGAGAAAAAGUAAUUUUUGGUUUCCAAAGUUUUGACAGAAUUAUUUAUCUGUUUUCCGAUGUAGAACAUAUACAUGUAGUCUUAAAAUAUCGUGUUUUCAACUCUUCUUUAACGUUUUAUUGGAUCUCACUCAAACGUUCACAGUUGAUUGACCUCACAUUGUGGAUGACUGCAAAUAGUUUUGGUUUUGAAGAGUUUUGGAACAAGUUUGUCUCUCAGUCCGUUUCCAUCGACAUUUGAAGAGUAUCACACGAUAUUGCCGUUAACUUCAACCAAAGAUCUAUAAAUACACGUGUUUCUUUAUAGAUCUUUUCUUCAGCCUGGAUCUCGCUAAAACGGUUACAGGUGAAUGGCCUUAAUGUGUCGCCGGUAAUUAUGAAAUGAAUGUUGGCUUCGGCGAUUUUUGAAAGAAGUUUGGCGUUUUUCCCCAAUGAUAGGUGGAUUUUGCUCUUAAAUCAUGACGGAAUGAUGUAUGUGUACACGAUAAUUAAUAAAGUAAUUUUUGGUGUGGCCAGCUUAAGUUGAAAUAUGGUCCUUUGCCUGUUUGUUUGUGUUUUUUUUUCACUUGAAGAUGUACGCACAGUUUGGUGUGCUGAACACUUUUUUCCGCUAAGAAGUUUUUGUUAGAACUGAAAAAGUAAAUUACCUUUAUGUGUAGUGGAGUUUAGACUGCAAUCUGUUUUGCCGGAGCAAUGGUCCUUGUCUUUUUGUUUACUGUAAAAAACUAUGUCGUGGAUUUGUCUGUGUGAAAAAUAUGUAUUGUGGGGGCAGAAGUGUCUGUGACACCGUUAUGGAUAAAAUUACGUUGCUUUCAAUGUAAACUUGCUUUUAGAUCGCAUUAUGGAUUUAGGAUGGACAUAUUUAAUAUGUGUGAUGUGGGUACAAUUUAUUUAUCUGUGAUAUAACAUAUGAGCCAUGCUCUGUGAAAAUGGGGUUUAAUGCAUGUGCGGAAAGUGUCGGGUCGGCCCAGAUAAGCCUGUGCAGUCCGCAAAGGCUAAUUAGGGACGACACUUUCCACUUUUAUGAUAUUUUUCGUUUGAAGAAAGUCUCUUAGCAAAAAUCUAGUGUAGGCGGACAGUGUUGUCCCUGAUUAGCCCGUGCGGAAUGCACAGGCUAACCUGGGACGAUACUAUGCACAUGCAUUUAACCCCCUUUUCACAUAGCACGGCUCAUAUUUAUGUAUGCUUGCUUAGUACAUGUAUAAAAUGUACUGAAGCCUUUUAAAUGUGUGUAUAUUUGUUUUUGCCCUUGGAAUUGUCGACUGAAUAAGCUCAAAUUAAAUAUGUUGUAAACAUUUUAAACACAUUGAACGUAUAUACACAUUAAUGCUAUAAUUUAGUAAGAUGAUUAAGUCGCUGUUUGGCGUUGUUGAAAAUUAACAGAAAUUAAAUUGUGAGUAUUUAAUUAAUGAACAUAUCUGGUUCGUGUAAUAUAAUGACGAAAUUUGUAUAAAAUUUUCCACUGACUCAUUGAAAUGAUAUCAGGGUAGUCUAAAAAAUGAGAAGUUCGACCCAAAUUUAGUGCAUUUUUUGAUGGGCUAAAUUGAAAUAUUGCCCAUAUAAAAACUAAUCUCAUAUUUGCAAAGGGUCUAAUCGUUUUGAUACAUAACAGCUCUGGCAUAGUUAUAAAAAAUACUGACUUAACUGCUUUAAUUUAUGCUUUGUGUUCUAUCUCUAUUGUUUAAGCUGUAAAUAAACGUGUUUAAACCUACAA